AAAUUCUUAUAAGAUUCUUAUAAGAUUCAGCAAAAUUCUUGUCACUUUCGUGGAAGAUCUUAUAUAAGAAUUGAGUAAGAUUUUUAUAAGAUUCUUAUAAGAUUUCACAAAUUUUUUUUGUCUAGGGAAAUACUUGUCCCGUCAGAAAAAAGCAAUCAAGAUAAAAUUCAAUAGCAGAAUUACAACGUUUCGAAGUUUCGUUACUUGUAUGUUUAUCUUGCCUUUUUAGUUGUUUCUACGCUUCUGAGAUGAAUUGCUUCCAUUGCUGUAUAUAAUAAUGUUUAUAUAUUAAAAGACGCAGUCUUUAAUUCUGUGUAAGAUAAUAAGACUAAAACCCUGGAUUCAGAACGUUUUACUGCUUUUAUAGCCAAAAGACUAAAGUCUGUGGAAAAUAUAGGUUCAAGAUAUAGAUUCAAGAGUUAGGUUUUUUAGGUUAAUUAGCCUUUUGCACAGAGAAAUUUUCCUAGAAGACUUAACUGCAAAGUUUCAAAAAAUAUGUGAGAAGAUGCAAAAUUUUCUGUUGAAUCUUCUGAUGUCUUCAAAAUUCCUAUGGAAUCUGUUUUUGUAUCAAGGCAAAUAUUUUUCUAUUUUCAGUGAGUCGCGGUUCGACAACUCAGCACCCUGCAGUAUUGUGAAUGGUGUUCAAACGAGAAAAAUGCGAUCAGAGAUUCAAAUAGCAGGUUUUAUGAAGAAUUCAAUUCUCUAUCGAUGAAGUUUAGAACGAACGCUUUGGACUACUAAACAAUGCCUCAAAAAUAAAGAACAAAAGUGUCCUGUUUUAUCUGGGCCAUCCGAUACAGAACUUAAAAGAACGCCGACCGAACCUUUUGAAGACUUAUGAGGUACAUUACCUAAAAGCCACGGUUUACAAGCUGACAAUAUUGAAACAGCGGUACAAUUUCGUUCUAUCAAUAGGCAUUUUCUCACAUUUGAUCGAAUAGACGAGUGUGAAAAACAUAUUCGACAAGCAAAAGAUGAAAAAGUUAUUCUUAUCGUAUUGGGAGCAUAUGGUAGUGAUAUUGUUCCUCGUUUACAAGACUUGACGCAACUCAAUGAUGUCUACGUUUAUUGCGGAGAUAAGGCUCACAAAAAAUGGGCAGAUAAUUACCCCAGAGUCAGAGGUGUUUAUACUGGUCCGGGUAUAUUGAUGAUCGAUCUAUUAGAAGAUCACAACAUAAGACAUAAGACCAAUGAUACUAUCGUCAUAGGUAUAUUCAGUCGUGAUGAUGCAUCUAAUAUUUCACGUGAUCGUCAAUCUCAUAACGCCAUGUUUAUGUGGCUUCAACUGUUUGUUGAAGUUCUAUGUCGUAUGCAUCAUAAAUCGGAUGUGAAAGGUGAACUCAUUGAUGUGUGUAAAAACGCCUGUACACGAAACGUAUACGAAGAACGUGUUUUGAAAGAGUUUGAAGAUGAAUAUGAUCCAGAAAAGGCUAUCUGGUGGUA